CCCGCACUCCGCGCUCCGUCCGUCAUUAAAUCAAAUUAGUAGCAGUCGAUGGAUAGAAAUUGGAUUUAUCGUUUAAUUCUAGUAUAUUAAUACUAGAUUUAGUGAUCUUGUUUACAUUAGUGAUUAAUAGCGAAAUGCUGCGGCCGCUUAUAGACGCGUUUUGGAAUGAAGAUGUGUGGCUACCACCUAAUUCUACAUGGGCCGACCUCGCGCCCCGGCCUGAUAAGGCUGUAAUUUAUACCGACCAUCGGCAUGUCUUCUUCCCAAUACCGUUAGCACUGCUUUUCAUAACUAUUCGUUAUGUACUAGAAAGAUAUGUAUACUCUCCGUUUGGAAGGUACUUAGGGAUUAAAGGCACGAAACCUAAGAAGCCCCCACCGAAUCCUAAACUAGAAGCAGCGUAUAAAGCCUCCCCUCGUACGAAACAGCAGCUAUGCGCCCUAGCGAAACAAUUGGAUAUGACAGAGCGACAGGUGGAGCGGUGGUGGCGCCUCCGUCGCUGUCAGGACAAGCCAUCGACCCUUGUAAAGUUCUGCGAGAAUGCCUUCAAGUUCAGCUUCUACGUUUGCAACUUCGUGUUCGGCCUUUACAUACUUUGGGACAAGGAGUGGCUGUGGGACAUUGACCAGUGCUAUAUUGGGUAUCCUCAUCAGGGUUUAACAAACGACGUGUGGUGGUAUUACAUGAUAUCAGCAGCGUUCUACUGGUCGCUGACGCUGUCGCAGUUCUGGGACGUGAGGCGCAAAGACUUCUGGCAGAUGUUCGUGCACCAUAUCGCUACCAUCGCGCUGCUGUCCUUCAGCUGGGUCUGCAACCUGCAUCGUAUCGGCACCCUCGUUCUGCUAUUGCACGAUUGUGCCGAUAUAUUUGUUGAGGCGGUGAAGGCAGCCAAAUACGCCCGCUACCAGAAGACUUGCGACACAAUGUUCUUGGGCCUGAUCGUGUCUUGGAUCAGCACUAGAGUUGGCAUCUUUCCGUUUUACAUUAUUUGGAGUACAUCGAUCCGAGCUCCUAUGCUGCUGCCAAUGUUCCCCGCCUACUACAUCUUCAAUUCAUUGCUCUGCCUGCUAUUAGUCCUGCAUAUUGUGUGGACGUGCCUUAUAUUGCAGAUCGCAUAUAACACUAUCAAGGCUGGCCAGAUGGAAGGUGACAUAAGAAGUUCGAGUUCCGAACUCAGUGACAGUCCGAAUCAUUCUAAUCACAGUUCGCCCUCGCGGGCCAAUAAUAAAAAACACACAUAAAUAUAACAUUAGCGGAACUCUAUUGCAAGUCUAUAGCUCCUCACUGGAUCUCGGGUAAUAUGUCUGCUAUUUUUAGAUGUAUUAUAUAAAAAUAAGCAAAUUUAAAUAUUGUAUUACGAGUUUCUUGUCUUUAACUUAUGUUCAUAUUGCUGAUUUUUAUCAAAGAAUAAUUUUGUCUAAAUAAUAUUAUUUAAUGACAUUCAUUAACAAAUUGAAAAGUAUUUACUCAUACAGAAUGAGAGUAUUAAUGGCAAGCAACAUAACCAAUGUAAUUACGAAUCAUAAUUGGUUUCAUGUAUUUAAAUUCUAAAGGAUAAUGAAAUCUAAACGACUUAUUAUAUUAGCAAUAGUAAUGCAUAUACUUCAUUUAAAAUAGACCUCCAUGCUAUGUUGGACAUUUGGUUGUAUGAUAUAUUAUAUAUACUAUCCAUCAACGAUUUUCUGUAGAAAACCCAAGCAACUUUGAGUCAGCACUAUAGUAUAUUCCAAAGGCAAUAAGUGUAAAGUUAAACAGACCUUAGAUUUACAUUACAAGAGCUCUGGUUUAUUGUGAACUACAAAUAUUUAUUAAUAUAUCUGCUUACAUAUAUAUUCCCUUUAAUUUUACUUCCAUAGUUCCAUAAAAAACUGCGCCUACAUUCAGAACCCCAAUUUCUCAUGAAUUCACAAAAUAAUACAACAGAUAAUUUUGAUCUCAACCAAUGAUGUCAUGUCAAAACAGGGUCAAAGUUAUUUAUUUAACUUUAUUACCCCUACCAUUGCAAUUGGCUGUAUGUGUGCUUGUAACCAUUAUAUUUUUAAAAAAAAAGUCAUAAUUUUUAAAUUAUGAAAAAUUAUAAACAUAUACUGAAACAACCAGAUAUGCUGCAAAGGCAGCAGAAUAAAUAUCAAAGAUAUUGAAUAUCAUAAAUGUUUUAAAAAAUUCAUCGUAUCUUUUUUUUUUUAUUAUUUCAAGUUGAGGUCACUGUGUUCUAAUUUAUAUAAGUGUGUGUAAGGGGGAGUAAUAAUAAUAAUAAUAAUAAAUUAUAAUAUGUUUGAUUCGACUUAACAUAUAAAAAUGUAUGUUAAUAUUUGAGAACACUUCCUCCUGCAUGUAUAUACAGUGUAUCGUGUUAAUUAAUGUAAGGUAAUUAUAUUUAUACAUGUUACAUGUUUGUAUAUAAUGUAGUCAUUGGAACUUUAAACAACUAUCUACGUGCUGGGACCACAUAGUUGGAUUUUAGACUUUUAUAUUCACGUUUUUUUCAAGGACAAUGUUUACAUUCCUGCCAUACAUAUGUAUAUAUAUCAUCUAUACACAGUCUCAAUAACAAAUAAUCGACAUAUAUUUUAUUUUUUUUUAAUUUGGCAAAUUUGCGUCUCUUGUACAAGUAGAUGGGCAAAUGUGCCACCACAUGAUAAAUGGUCCCUACUGCCCGUAAACAUUGGUGUUGUAAGAAAUAAACAAUUCCUUAACAAAUAUGUGACUAAUCUAGGAAGCUAACAUGUUAUGUCCCUUGUAAAUUGCUGGUUAAAUGAUUUUUUAUUGUUUUUACUUCUAUGUAGAAAUGUAAACAUUGUCGUUAUCUACUAAAACAAUAAUUCCUGAAGCUUCACCGACUAUUCUUAGUAUUUAUAGAUAGAUAGUUUAUAAACCAUAGGCAUUCUACAGUGUUGAGACUACGCGCUAUUCCAGUUAUACAAUUAUCAAAAGCAAAGCAUUUUAUGCAUUUAUAAUUAGAUUUUUUUUAAACUAACAAAUUUUUGGUUAUAAAUUAAAUUAAUAUGUAUUUUUAGAAAACGUUUUGACGUAAAAAUCGUGUCUAAUAAAUAUCAUCUACAAUUUUAGGCCGCAUACAGAACGAGACGGGUGUCUCUUUAACAUAAAAAUAGAUUUUGUAACGCUUCCAUAAUAAAUGAGAAUAUCAGUCAUAUGCAUUGUAUGCUACAUACACUGGCUACAUACACAUAUAAAUUCAAUAAACUGAUUCUAGAUUUGUAGGCGGUAUAGAAAAAAAAAGUUGUGAGAAUAUUCGUUUCGUAAUUGAAAACAAUCAAACAUAAAGUCAGGGAAUGUUUUGUUAAAUACCACAGGUUAUAAAAGUAAAGUAAAAAGUAAUAAUUCCAUAAAUAAUAAGUAAUCACAAACAAACAGUAUACGAAACGAUAUUUCUCUACAUUGUGAAGACCUAUAGAAAAAUGUAUCUAGAAAAUAUGUCUACUGUAGUGAAAUAUUUACAUGAUUUGCUUGUGAUUGUAAUAAUAAUCGUAUCUACUAUUUUCUGAACUAUUCCAUUUUUUUAUUUUUAUAACAUAUAAUAGGUGUUGAUAAAUAACUAUACAAUAUAUUUUGAACCAUUAUAUACCUUCGUAUAAAUUAUAUGAUAGAUGUUAAGUCUCGAAUAUGUUUCUGUAAUAUUUAUUACCUAAAUAGGUAUAUACAUAUAUAUAUUAUGUCAAUGUUCCAAUAAAUAGAACGUGUAGAGCGAUUACAAAACAACUUAAAUUUAUUUCAAUUAAAAAAUUCGUAGUAACAUUUGAUUUAACUACGUUCUGAAACAGUUCGAUAUUAAUGAUUUAACAUUUUUAUAACAAUUCUUCGUUUAUUUACAUAAACUCCAAUAUCGUGGACUAUGUGGUUUCAAAAAUUUUAUUAGGCAUUAUAAUUUAAUAAACAGUUAUAUUAUGCCUAUUAUCCACCAAAAGUUAUGAUUUUAUAUUAUAAUAUAGUAGAAAUAUUAAGUGUAGUGUAGUCAUUAUGUUUUUCUUUUUCAACUAAAGCGUUAUUUUUUUAAAUUCUAUAUAAAAUAAAUUUCAUUUGAAAGCUGUUCAGUAUGAAAUAAUUUAAUAAUAUGCUAUUUUUUAUCUAUCAAUCUUCCUCAGGUUUAGUCUAUGGAUAAUAUCCAUUGAGCCAUAAAUAAUUGUCUUCGUUAUUAGUUAACUUAGAUUUUAAUGAAACUUUGCAAAGUGAUCGUUUAUAUUUUUGCAUAAGUUUUGUUGAAAUUUAGAAUACCUUUAAAUUCUUCCUUAAAUAUCAAGGUCCAAAGACUACUCGUCGUAAAUAGAAGUUAUGUUUUACGGAUAAUAGAAUUAUAAGCACUUAAAACAUCUGCGAAUUUUUGUUUGAAUAAAUUCUUAGUAAAUUAUAAUCGUGUUUUUUUCGCUACUUCAAUGUACGCUAUGUAAUGUAGUGUAAGCAAUCGUGAGUUGAUCCAUUUAACAUCACACUAAUUCUUACGUUUUAAAAUAUUUCCAGAUUUAGUUUUGUCAACAGUAUUGUUUAAAUGAUAUUAUUUUGUCUAUAUUUAUGUGAAUUUUAAAACAUAUGAUUUAAUUAUCAUUGCACACUUCGAAGAAUAUUGUCCUCUUAAAUAAAAUUAGUUUUUUUUUCCUCAAAGCCUCGAUUGAGCUUGAAUGAUACUUCUAAAUGUUGUUAAUGUAAGCAUUCUAUAAAUUCAUAUAUCGAUGUUCAUUUAUUUUGUAAGUUUUACGAAAUUAGCCACUUACGCUUUUGAAUAAUUUUCGAUAAUAAUUCACAAAAAUAAUUUAUCUAUAUAUUCCAUUUACAAUUUAAACUGUGUUGGCUAAUUUUAAUCUAAUUUUAACAAGCAUUUUGCGGCUAAUUUUGUUACUAUUGUAACGUCUGUGUUGUGUUUAUGUCACAUUUACACGCUGCAGGCCAGACUCCCAUCUUUUAUACCUAGUCUUAAUCUAAUUCUGUUUACAUUUUUAAAUGUAUAUCGAUGAUAAAUUAAUAAGGUUUUUGCCUUAUUAUUUUACGAAGAUCGGUUGUGCCGUCUGCAGCGUGCACUAUAGACCUCAGCAAAACCUGAGUACUGAUAUGAUAUUGCUCAAUAUCUCGGGCUCGACUGAGCGCAUUAACAGUGUAAAAUGCUCUCUUUGUAAGCAGAAAUGUCGCAGGGAUGUUCUUUCGAAAAACAAUUGUGGUUGCCUAUAGCAGAUUACUUUUCUAUAAGAUAUAUUAUAUAAAUUAAAUUAAAUGAUUGACAGUGACAUUUUUUAAGAAUUAUUAUACAUAAUAAAUUUAAUUGCGUAUAUACAAAUUAUGCUAGAAUAUUCUGAGCUAAGUUGGCCUUUUCAAUAUUAGACUAUUUUUAUUAUCAAUAAUAGUGUUAAAGUGUGUG